AUUUGUCCCUCCUCACUCGCCGUACAGGACAACCAAAAAACGUGCUGUGUUGUGACUGAAUGAGCCUCCGUCCGUUGCAGCAGCUGCAGUUUGUACCUGGACUCGUGUUCAAGCGGUCGUUGUGUCUGUCCUGCAAAACUUCUCAUGGCUUUUUACAUUGUAGUCGCUGCAGCUUUAAAACCCUCCGACCAACUGUGUUAGUAUCAGCUGCUGAGCUAAAGGCUAAUAAAGCCAAGAGGGAGGAAGAGGAGGAGGAGUGAAGGUAGUAACCAAAACAAGGAAAGAAAGGUAUAACACAUUAUCCGCUUCAACAUGUCGGCAAACGACUCGAGGAAACGCGGCAAGAAGCGGUACGUGGGCGGCCACAACAAGCGGUGGAAGGGCUCCCGGGAGCUGGAGGUGGGCAUGCAGGGGAUCCUCAUCACAUGCAACAUGAACGAGAGGAAGUGCACAGCGGAGGCCUUCAAUCUGCUCAAUGAGUACGCCGACAAGCUCUACGGGCCCGAGAAGUUCCAAGACAAUAAUGGGAGCAGCAGUGAUGAAGAGGACGCUGAAGAAGAAGAUGUUGAUGUAGCUCUAAAGAAGGAAGUGGCACAGCUGCAAGCAUCUGGAGCUAAACAGGAGAGACGCUUCCAGGCCAUGGAUAGUGGCGCAAACAAUGUCAUCUUCAUCAAAACUCACAAUCUGGAAUCUGACAAGCUGGUCCAUCACAUCUUGUCUGAUCUCCACACCACCAAGAAGAAAAAGUCACGCGUGAUACUUCGGAUGCUGCCGGUAACUGGAACAUGCAAGGCCUUCCAGGAUGACAUGGUGAAGUACCUGACCACUUUCCUGGAGCCCUGGUUCAAAACUCCAAACUGCGCUACCUACCAGAUCGCCUUCAAGGCCCGCAACAGCAGCCACAACAAGAGGGAUGAAAUCAUCAAAUCAGUCGCAGGUCUAGUGGGGAAGCUUAACCCUAAGAACAAGGUUGAUUUGACCAACCCAGAUCUGACAAUCAUUGUGGAGGUCAUCAAGGCCGUGUGUUGCCUCAGUGUGGUAAAAGACUAUACACUGUACAGGAAGUACAAUGUCCAGGAAGUAGUAAAAGAGGACACACCAAAGCCUGAUGUGACCACAGCAAAGACAGAUUCAAAUACAGCUGAGGAGAAGGAGAAACACGAUGCAGAGGAGACAAACAAAGAAGAGGAGAAAGGAGAAGAAGACGGUGACAAAACUGCGCCCCAGGACGACAAAGAGGUCGAUAAGGCUGAAGGUGACGCGGAGUAAGAGCUCACAUUUAGAGAAACUGAUUGACAGUUGGUGAGUUAGAUUUAAAAUGACAAAAACAUCUUAAGUUGCUUUUAUAUUGUAGUGCUUUUGUUUUAAAUAGGAAGGCUUUGAAGCCAUGAUUUUGAUGAUUUUCUUUCACAACUGAUAACAUGACUGGACAAAAAAAUGAGGUUGGCAAGAGACAAACGGAAAUCCAAAUAUAAUUUAAUGUCUUUUUUUAAAUUCAUCUUUGAUGCUUUUGUUCUGACUUUGUUAAGAUGUCCAUGUUUAAAUAGCAGUGAUUUUUAUUGAACUGUACAUGUCACCAUUCUGCAGCGUAACUUUACUAUCUGCUGCCAUCAGUUUUUUAAUGCUGAAUUGGAUUUUUAAUUUUUUUUUACUACAAACAAAAAAACAUUUUGUUCAGGUUUACUGGUGUGUUACAUUUUUUUGUAACUGUUAUUUCCUAAAGCAGUCCCUGGAUUAAAGCUACCUGUGUGUUUGACUGCU